AAAAGGUGACAGGAAGAUCUGUUCCCGAUAUCGUGGAGAGGUGUACUAUACAAAAGAAAUAGCGUUACCGGUACUGUUUCUACAUCCGACAUAGCGUGUGAAACCAGUCAAGCAAAGGGACCGAUGCAACAAGAGCCUGGGAGUGCCUUUUUAAUGUCACGGAAGGAGUUACCUUUAAGUAUCGUCCAUGUCGAAUCACAUGAUUCGUUAGAUUGGGGGAGAGUCCGAUAAUAGGUGAAUGGUCGAAGAUGUCCAUUGUUUUAUUCUACAUAUCUCCUUUUCCCUUAUGCCACUUUUCCAAUCACAGGAAUCCAAACGACUAAAUAAAGGGGAUGAAUCCGAUCCUGUUCGCUAACCUUCCUCGAUGAUGACCUUAGCCAACCGCUCAUCAUUCCACCAAGCACGUACUGCUCGACUGAUUUGCAUAAGACCAGACGUCCCGGUUCGUUUCAAGAUUUGGAUCGGCCACUUACAUAAGACAGGUCACACAAGCUACGAACCACAAUCUUGGGUGGCGAGACUGGAAGGUUGUGACGACCGAAAUGUCAGGAACGAUUUCGAAUGAUCCAAGUCGUGAAGAAGAAGAAGAAGAAGAAGAUAGCAAUACUUUGCAUGGCAGUAGUGCACGUGAUAUGUGACCUACCACCAGGGACAAGGCGCAACACCUAUUUGCCACCUGAACCAACCAAGGGUUACACCUACGAUACGCCUCGGAUACCAUUUACAAAACCGACCACCCCAAGACCGUCAUUUCCCACGACGACGCCAUAUUCAUCACGUCCUUACUCCAAACCGACCCCCUCCAAAUUUCCACCAUCGAGAACUACUCCUAGCGAAGGGUAUCCACCAACAGGUACCAGACCCACCCCAGACUUUCCUGAUUAUGGGACACCCACUAGGCCAACUGGAACUACUAUACCUGCUGGUGGGCACGAUCAUCAUCAUCACGAGCCAGGAAUGCCAUUCGACUUCAACUACGCGGUGAAGGAAGACGCCUUUGGAAAUGAUUAUUCCCACAACGCGAUAAGCGACGGAGAUAUCGUCCGUGGAGAAUACAGAGUCCAACUUCCAGACGGAAGGCUGCAAGUCGUUCGUUACACCGCCGAUUGGAAACACGGCUUUAGUGCGCAGGUCUCAUACGACGGGAAUCCCCGCUUUGACGUACCACGACCGCCUGGCAAUUUUGCUGGAUAUUAGGCUAUUAGUGGACUGUGGAUGAUUAUGCAUUUAUUUAAAGAAAAUUUAAAAGUGUACUGUAUAAAAUGCGAAAACAUAAUUUCGAGAAAAUAUAUAAAAUAAAAGUACAGUCUGGAUCAAUAAAACUUAAAGUUAUAAUCAAAGGAUAUCAAUUAGAACUUAAACUGAAAACUUAAAAACACAAACUGAAAAUCAUGAAAAUACGAAAAAGAAUUUUAUAAUAAUUAAUAUCAAACUCUUGCGUAAAAUUGUACAAUAUAGAGAUAGGUCUUAUAUAUAAAAGUUACUUGUUAGAAUUAUGAAAAUUGAACUCACAAUGAACGUAUUAAUCGAGACCCCACUGUACUUAUUAUAAUAUGUAGUAAGCGAACCAAAUCUCCAUUUAAGUUCCACUUCUUUAGCUAUAUUCUCCAAAAUAUGAAAUUGCAUAAAUAUCCGCAGUCUAGCUAUUAGAGUCUAAUCUGUGGUUGCGAACCAUGUUAACACACGUUUGUCUUGCGGUUCUUAUUGUUAGUCUUUACCGUGCUGUCUCUGCGUCUCCAUUUGUUGCCGCUAACUAGCUGAGGUCAUUGUCUGGAUUAUCCAUACGUUUCUUUCAGGUCGCUAGUGUCAUCAAAUAGGUAGUCCUACGAGGGGCGUCGCCACUGUCGCAUGCAGAACUCUUCUUUGAUUUUCACAAUGAUUUUUAAAAAAUGCAAAAAUCAGUGAAACAAAUAUUUAGAAAUAUUAUUAUUAAAUAAUAUUAUUGUGAAAAGUAUAGUUUUUUAAUUGUUAAAAUUAUUAAUAAUUACUCUGAAACGUUGGGUUAAAAUUGUAAGAUAUCUAGAGCAAAAGAGGAAUUCUGCAAGUAUCCUCCUUUACAAUCUACCAUUUUGUUUACAGAAUAUAAAUGAAACAAUAUUGUUUCUGCGAUCAAAAAUGGUUGAAUUCCAGCUGGUACUUAUUUUACAUCCCCUAGCCAUUGCAAAAUCUAGAUCUAAGUAAAGGAAGACCUUAGACCAGAGUAUGUUUUAUAUUCUUCAGUUAGAUGUGUCCAAUGGACAUGGAUAUAUAGGAGGAAAAAAAUAAAAAAUAUUUUGAUAAAAUUAAGGUGUACUUCUUUUCUAAAGCAUAAAAUAGCAGCUAAGGACUAACUUGUAACAAUAAUAGUUUGUUUUUAAGGACACUGAUGGAACAAUACUAACCCUCUGCAAUAGCGUGUGGUCUUUAUGUAUAAUAAAACUAUUUUUAGUUGUCAAUUUUCAUCUCAAACAAAAAAUUUCAAUAACAGAUGAUUUCUUAAAAACAUUAAUUAACAUAUCUUGAUGAUAUGAAAGAAAGUGAUGUAAAGAAAUUGAAAGAUUUAAUAAAUACACCAAAUGAUUGUGUUAUCUUUGAUAAUAAAAGUAUACAUGCUUUUUAA